UUGUCUUCUUCCAAGACAAAGACGACCCUUCGAUCUGCCGUGGUGGCAAAAAUUAUCCUGGGCAUCGAUUUUCGCAUCCAUGCUACUGGUAGCAAUCGGCGGCAAUGCUAUUGUCAUGUGGAUUGUUUUGGGUAAGUCAAAAUUUUGUAAUUUCAUAACGUAUCCAAAUUAACGACGAUUCAAAAGGCAUUGAUUGCGUAUUGACAACGUGUGUCGAUUUCACGAUAAAAUUAUUCCCCGGUUCGAUAUUAAUACAUUACCCCUGGGCUGGUUCGGUUUAUGCACAUUUUUUUUCAUGUACGUGUAUACCGAGUAAAUCUGCAAUUUUAAUUACACUCAUCAAUUCUCGUGAAUGCGCUUGCAUAAAAUUGAUUUUGCUUCAAUUUUCAUGGUUUUUUUUUUUCCAUUCUGCAAAGGACGAUCGCUGAGUACUCUAUUAUCAGUAAUCGAUAUUUUCAUUUAAAAUCGAGACUCUUGAUUUGUCUUUAUAAUCAUUUCCGUGUUGUUGUUUGUACUGCAAUUAACAGUCCAUUUCGGUAUUCAUUAAUUACUGUAAUUAGGUGCCACAUUAAUGAUUACUCGUGGAAUGCUACGUUGAUAAGUACUGGUUGAAAUAAUACGGAGACUAUGCUCUAUUAAAUUCACAUUUAAUGCUUGAAAUAUGUAUUUGAGGUGCAUCAAGUAUAUAGACUAUAGAAUAUAUAUAUCCACAGAUGCGUAUUUAAUAUAUCAAUAUAUCUCUCUAUGAUAUACGCAAUAGUUUAUAUUCGCGGUCUGAACUCAAAAUCAUUCACGCUGUUGUCGUCGUCUUGCAGGGUUCAUAAGUAAGUCUAUCCCCAUGAAUAAUAUCGCGCUGUAUUGUACAGUGUCGCUCGUAAAUUAUAUUGUGAUUCUGAUUGGUGCUUGUUAAGUUUUGUGCAUGCAUACAGUACAAGGGACCCGUGCUUAAAAUACCCUAUAGAAAAAUGCAAGGCAGGAACUUUGUAAAAUGAGCUGAGAAAAUUUCUAGUUAUUUUUACAAUUUAUGUCCCUAGAUUUUCUAUGGUGAUUUUUUUUUAUUAUCCAUUUCAAUAGAUUCUUAUGGCUAUCUGAUUCUUAUACAAUGACGUCCACCGAACAGUGAAAGGAUAAUUGGAUCUUCAUUGUCAACUGCAAUAAAUUCGUGAACCUUUGCGACGUUUGUCAUAUGGAAUUCUUUUCAAAAUCUGUUAUCUUUUCAUGGUCGUCGAUGUCUUCAAAAAAUCUAUUGCUGAUAAACUUGCAUAAGAAAAAAGUGGAGUAGAAAAAUAUUCUUUUUUUUUUGGACUAUUAAAUAUGUAUGUUAACUUGACUCGCGUAGUAUGCAUGUUGACAUUGUUUUUUUACAACUGCAGGAUUCUCGAAAAUUCUCUUUCCCACUUUUGUCUCGAAAAAAAGAUGGUAGGGUAACUUAGAGAGUGUGGUUGUAAGCUUUACCUCGUUUACGAGACUCGGCAAGUCUCUAUGAGAGGUUAGUCAUAAUAAAUAAUGCAGUCGCUGCUUAGCAGCUGCUUUGAAAAUAAUCUGGCCAAGAAUUCAUCAAAUUUCUCAAGACAUCAAUAAAAGCUUGAGUAAAGAUCUUGUUUUACAAAUAUUCCAAUCGUACGGUAGCGUGUAACGCAAUUAAAUAUAUAUAUAUAUAUAUAUCAUGAUAUUUUAUUCAUGUGUGAAGUGAACGUGGAAGCGAUGGAAAGAUUUACGCAAAAAAGCGAGCUAUCAGAUUGGUACACACGGGAUGAAAUUUUUUGGAUGUAAGUAAACAAUGAAAAUGUUCGUGCAUGGUUAGGCGCAUUGUUAAUCCACUGACAAUAGAGAGACACCGUCAUCGUAGAACGUACGUGUGAGUAAAAUUGAAAAAAAAAAUUAUUCAAAAAAAAAGUAUUUAAUUCGAAUUGAAUUCCUGAAUAUAGAUCGUCGAUAAUAACUUCGCGCGAAAUGCGUAAAUAUAUUGUUGAGCCGAGUAUAGAAGUUGACAUAAGUUUAUUCAACUUGACAGGAAGGACUUGACAGAGUUUUAAAAACUUGAAUUCAAUAGAAUUUUUUCAACGUUAAAAUUUUUUUCUUUCAAGUUUCGCAACUCAAUUUUUUAUGUCCUCUUUAUUUAUACAGAUUUUUUUUUUUAUUUUACUCCGUAUUAGAUUACACUUUACCGUAUACUUUAAGGGCGGUAGCAGGGUGCAUAAUAUCUCACGGGGUAAGACACAAUGCCCAAAUGACUAUUUCAACAGCAUCAGCUGACACUUUGCACACAGAAGAAUGCGCACGGUUACCAAUUACUUCCUGGUUAAUCUGUCCUUGUCGGAUCUCAUGAUGGCCAUACUCAACUGCGUCUUCAACUUCAUCUUUAUGGUCAACUCGGAUUGGCCCUUUGGGGUUGUUUACUGUACAGUGAAUAAUUUUGUGGCUAACGUUACUGUGGCUUCGAGCGUUUUUACACUCAUGGCUAUUUCGCUGGACAGGCUUUCUAUUCGACAACUUUCUAGUAUGAUUACUUGCCAGAGUGCAGCGUGGUCAUCUCUCGAAGGAACUGCUAGACUCUCAGCUAUAAGAUGGUCCAGAGACUUCAAUAUAAUGGUCUAUCAAGGAAUCACUUGUUCGACAUUGUACAAUCUCGUGCAAAAGUAUUUAGCCAAGUAUCAUUUAAGGUACAUGGCGAUCAUGCGACCGCUUCAACAUCACAUGUCACGGAGAAGAGCAAGAUUAGCAUUGGCGUUGAUUUGGUUUGCUUCGGCACUUUUGGCGCUGCCUUGUUUGCUUUACUCUACUACUUUUACACGCAGAUAUUCUAAUGGACAAUCCAGAAAUGUUUGCUACAUGCUAUGGCCAGAUGGUCGCUAUCCAAACAGUAUGAUGGAGUACAUAUAUAACCUGGUGUUUCUCGGCGUGACGUAUCUUAUCCCUGUGACGGCAAUGGGUAUUUGUUAUACGUUGAUGGGUCGUGAAUUAUGGGGUUCGAGGUCGAUCGGUGAACAUACGCAGCAUCAGAAAGAAUCAAUGAAAUCGAAACGCAGGGUUGUCAGGAUGUUCAUAGUCGUUGUGACAAUUUUUGCUGUCUGCUGGCUGCCUUAUCAUGGCUACUUCAUUUUUUCGUAUCACAACCGCAGGUUUACCGAGAGCAGUUACGCUCAGCACAUUUACCUCAGUUUUUACUGGUUGGCCAUGUCUAACGCUAUGGUGAAUCCCAUAAUAUACUACUGGAUGAACACUAGGUUUCGAGUUUACUUUCAACAAAUAAUCUGCAAGUGCUACUGUCUUUUUGGACGUCAGCAUGUACGUCGUAGUCAAGCACAGGAUCUCAUGAAACACAAUCGUUCAGACCUGGUACCAUCUCAUUCUGGCAGAUUGAGAUUCGCAUCAAAUCAAUGGCGUCACAGCAGUGCAGAAAGUCAUUUGCAAACGAUAAGGAUGAAUUGUCGAUCAACAACUGAUAGGAGACACCAUACUGAUUAUGGUAUCGUUUCACCGACCUCCACUAAUAAUGAAUUUGGGACUUGACGGCUAACCACCUAUGUAUAAAUCUUUUUUAUGGGACAAUAGAAAUUGCGAAAUCGGACUAAAUCGAAGAAUGGAACUUUUUCAAUGCUAUUAAAGAAUAUAGUCCGUACACGAUAACAAUGUGUUUUACAGGGGCAAUCUCUUGGUGACUUUCAAUGCAAAAGAGUCACCUCACAUUUGACUCGUGGUUUGACUAGGAUGUAUUCCAUGAAUAAAUAUAUGUAUAUUUAUUAGUGACAAAUCAGUAUAAUUUAAAUAGAUAGACGCUUUUAGGUAUCUAAGAAACACGUUAUCAUAUAUAUAUAUAUAUAUAUAUUAUACAGAAUUUACAUUUUUAAUAUUCAAAUUUCUAUAAUUCAUUGAGCCUGUAAAAUUUGAGGAUGACGAUCGGCUUUUACAUAAUGCAUAAUAAGUGAAAAUCAAUGUGAAUGUUCUACGUGUAAUGUGAAUUAAUAACUCAAGAUUUGUUCCUACAAAUUUUUCAAUGACAUUGUCGUGCAACCUGUACAUGCAAUUAAUAUAAAUUUAUGUCAUCCAUCGAUAAUGGCAUAAUUGUCCCGUAAUUAAUUCCAAUUAAAAAUUAAUAAAUUCAACGUCAGUUGAAUAUUUAUCAUUGGCCAUCUAGCAGAGGUAGGUAAAUCAAAUAAUUUUUUUUUUCUAUAUCCCAAUAACCUUUUACUACUCUGGCAUUUUAUUUCAGGCUUUUUUUAAAAUCUUUUUAUUUUCCAUUCAAUCAAAACCUUCGACCUUAUUUGCAAGAGUCGUUUUACUUGGACUAAUUCAUUAAUCUUAUACUAAUCUUACUGAUUAAGUUAUAAGACUUAGGACGGCAAUUUCAUUCAAUUAAAUCAAGUACACGCUCUAAUCUACGUGAUUCAAGAUGCAUGGACCACAUCGCUACAUUGUAUUACUAAAGUCAUAUUCCAUUGUGAAUUUCUUACAUAAAGCCUAAUUAAAUUACGAUUCUCCGGCAUUUUGAAAUUACAAUUGAUUACCGUGUCCGUGGGCUUUCUUACGUAAUUAAAUGGACGCGUGUGAUUCGCGAAAUAAUUUAAUGCCAAGCUUAUUAAGUCACAAUCGAGAAAUUUAGAUUUACUUAAUUACUUUAACUUAUAAUUUUGCCUAUGCACGUCUCCCGUGUAUUCAUCAUUCAAAUAAACGUAUUAAAGAGGCUUUGAUUCGUCUAUAAAAACUGCCGUUAUGAAGAUUAUCUGUCCGUUAAAAUCAAAAUUUCACAUCACUUCAAUUUAUUUUUAUAGUUUUACAACUUUAAGUGCAUACUCUGUUACGUCAUCAUAAUAUAAUAAUAGAUCGAAAGUUUCCGACUAUUUUACGAAACAAUGGUGCCACUCUGUCACGGUUCGGAUUCAUCUGGUACUUUCUAGGGAAUCUAGUGACUUUCCACUGAGAGCAUAGGAGGUACCAAAAAUUUUCUGAAAACAUAUAUUAUACAUACAUAUAUAUAUAUAUAUAUAUAUAUGUAUAGCUGGAACGUUGAUCAGAACUAAUAGAUUUGCAGUCUCUUUGGCCAUAAGAGGUUUCCUUGCCAAAACUGGCGACCAUUUGAUCCACACAGAUUUGAAUACUAAA